GGUAUUCUGCAAUAGCCAUAUCAUUAGAUACUGUCAGAAAGAUGGGACGACUCGGGUCCAUUCUUCCUCAAUCUGGCAAAGACAAUUAUGUCUCCACCGACGAAGAAGCAAUGAAUAUCGUAGACAUUAUUGAGAAUGUGGCUGUAAAAGUCGGACGAGUACACGUCCUUGUCAAUGCGCUCGUGAUAGAGGAUUACUUGGGCAUGAUCGGGCGAUGGGCAACGGUGCUGCAGAGCAUGGACUUUGACAUUCGUCAUCUGAAGCAUGAGAGACACGGGAAUGCGGACGGACUGACACGACUGCACCGGCCUGAGAAAGUUCCGAAGAGUGAGGAGGUGAUUCCGUGGAACGAACCCGAACAUCGAACCUCGGUACGACCAAGUGGAGAUCCUGUCGAAGCCGUGACGUGGACGCAGACCAGCGAGCAUCCUGCGUGGAUCGAAAAUCCGGAGCUGCUUAUCAUCCAAACUUGGAGGACUAACGUGGAGGGUGAUCUUCUUGGCUUUCUCUUUGGAUCGGUACAUCCGGGGCGCCGCCAGCUGAUUGCACAGCAGCUCAUCGCGCCGAUCGUGCGAUUGGCGGACGAUCUCUCGCCCGACAUCUAUUCACAGAGUGACGACAAUCCUGCUCCGCACGUUCUCAAGCGGUCAUUGGAUCCAUAUCUUCAGUGGACUGCGUGCUUGGAGGAGCCCAGGGACGAAGAUACGCUGCUCUCGCGGCAGGAGUAUCUGAAGCCGUACGAUAUCAUCCCUCACGCCUUCUAUCUGAGGGCAGAUGAAGUGCUGAUCGACGACGACGACGAAGAGGACGAAGACGAGGAAACAUCGGAGGAGGGAAGCUAUAGCGAAUAUAGCGAGGGCGAGCUGAGUGAAGAAGAAGAGGAGGAAGAAGAAACCGGAUCUGAGUGGGAAGCCUUGCCGGAGGAAGCGACGCGCACGGGAACAGAGGCGGAAGAUCAGGAAGCGACGCGAAGGCACAAAGAAAUUGCCACCGGGAAGCGCCAGCUGGAGUUCGCCAACAAAGCCAGCCUGCGCAUCGGUAAUGAUCUGACCAGAGAUCCAGAGCCACCAAAGCUCGAAGAUGGCGACCCCGCAGCUGCCACCUCAAGUACCGCGUGACGGAGACGGAGCCGAUCCCCCUCCUCCUCCAGCCCCACCCGUCCCCCAGUUCGCCCACGU